GCACACUCAAAGUCAUAGAAAGAAGAAAACAAAAGAAAAAGAACAUCACCUUUUGUUUUUAUUCUAGUAGCAGUUAAAGCACCGCCACUAUUGACCCACCACACCUUCUCCUCAAUAAUGGCAUUGAACCUCCCAAAUCGAGAUCUCUAGAGGUUCAGUUAAUUUGGAUUAGUUGUGUUGGCCUCGGAUGCUGCUGCAACAAUUGAUCCACUAAUGGGAUUCCACCUCGCAUUGAUACUCGUUUUGGCUUCUCUUCGACUAACUUUAAGUGAAGAUAUCGAGCAUGGUUCGCUGCUCGUAAAUGGAGCUCAAGCAAAAGCUGAAACAGGGGAUAACUUUAUUUGUGCCACCAUUGAUUGGUGGCCUCACGAUAAGUGUGACUACAACCAUUGCCCCUGGGGAUAUUCAUCUGUUGUAAAUUUGGACUUGUCUCAUCCUUUCCUUGCCAAAGCAAUCCAAGCAUUCAAGCCGUUGAGGAUAAGACUUGGAGGUUCUUUGCAAGACCAGGUGCUGUAUGAUGUAGGAAGUUUGAAGUAUCCUUGUCAUCUAUUUCAAAAGAUGAAAGGUGGACUGUUUGGAUUUUCAAAGGGAUGUUUACACAUGGAAAGGUGGGAUGAGCUGAAUCAAUUUUUCAAUGAAACAGGGGCCAUUGUGACAUUUGGCUUGAACGCGCUCCACGGGAGGCACCAGAUUAGUCAUAAUGUUUGGGAAGGAACCUGGGACCCUACUAAUACUUAUGAUUUUAUAAAGUACACUAUUUCAAAAGGAUACAAGAUUGAUUCCUGGGAACUUGGCAAUGAGUUGAGUGGUAAGGGCAUUGGUGCAAGUGUUGCUGUCGCACAGUAUGGUAAAGACGUGAUAAAACUUAAACAAAUUCUAGAUGUUUUAUAUGAGAGCUCCAAGUUCAAACCUUCACUUGUAGCACCUGGGGGAUUUUAUGAAAAGGAGUGGUAUGACAAACUUCUUCAGGUUUCGGGUUCAGGCAUAAUCAAUGUUCUAAGUCAUCAUUUAUAUAAUUUGGGCCCAGGUAGUGAUGAGCAUCUUGAAAGGAAGAUUUUAGAUCCUGAGCGCUUGAGCAAGGUUGAAAAUAUUUUCAGCAAUCUUUCAGCAACCAUUCAAAAACAUGGUCCUUGGACUUCUGCAUGGGUAGGAGAAGCUGGUGGGGCAUACAACAGUGGUGGCCGCUUUGUUUCUAACACAUUUCUGAACAGCUUUUGGUACUUAGAUCAACUUGGAAUUGCAUCCAGCUACGGGACUAAAGUUUACUGCAGACAGACUUUAAUUGGAGGAAACUAUGGCCUUCUCAAUACCACCACCCUCACUCCCAAUCCUGACUACUACAGUGCACUUUUGUGGCAUCGGCUGAUGGGAAAGAAGGUUCUUGCAGUUUCAAAUGAUAUUUCUUCACCCUUUUUACGCACUUAUGCCCAUUGUUCAAAAGACAGCGUGGGUGUAACGUUACUGUUGAUCAACUUGAGCAACCAGACUAAUUUCAUACUCAAUGUUCAAAACCCUGUGACAGCAAGUGCUGAAGGAAAUGCAGUGACCAAAAGCACCCAUAAAGGAAACUCAUUCUUUGACCAUCUUAAGAGGACAUUUUCUUGGGUUGGAACAAAAGGAUCAGAAGUAACAUACAGGGAAGAGUAUCACCUAACUUCACAUGAUGACAUCAUUAGAAGCCAAACCAUGGUACUGAACGGUAUUCCACUGGAGUUAACAAGUGAGGGAAAUUUUCCACCAUUGGAUCCAGUACGCAGUAAUGUACUAUCUCCAAUAUACAUGGCUCCUUUGUCCAUUGCAUUUAUUGUUUAUCCUAACUUUGAUGCUCCAGCAUGUGCUAGACACAGAAAACUUUAGUUUUCUAUAAUCUUGUAAACUAGGCACUAGGAGUAUGCAACUGCAAGCUCUCAUGGUAAUUGUAAGUAUUCGUGAGCUGUUACUCGAAAGUUUCAAGCUUUGCAAUAGUUUAAUAUUGAAGAGGCAUAAGAUGUAUCAUCAACUUGUGAAUAAAUUGUUGGUUCAAGUUAUUUGUUUCA